AUGGGUGGAAUAACUGCUCUUCAUAUGGCGGCAUUUUAUAAUAGUAAAGAAAUGGCUGAAAUUCUUAUUUCUCAUGGUGCAGAUAUCAAUGAAAAAGGUGGAUGUGGAUGUCAUGCACUUCACAUUGCAGCGAAUCAUAAUCAUAAAGAAACGGCCGAAGUUCUUAUUUCACAUGGUGCAAAAAUCAAUGAAAAAGAUGAUUUCGGAUAUACCCCUCUUCAUAAUGCAGUAUUACAUGCUGAUAAAUUUAUUAGCAAACUUCUUAUUUCACAUGGUGCAAAAAUCAAUGAAAAAAAUAAUUUCGGAUAUACUGCUCUUCAUAUUGCGGCAAGUCGUAGUAAAAAAGAAAUUACCAAACUUCUUAUUUCACAUGGUGCAGAUAUCAAUGCUAAAACUAAAGAUAACCAAACUCCACUUCAAUUGGCAAUGCAAUAUCAUAUUACAGAAACAGCUGAAAUUCUUAUUUUGAAUGGUGCAAAUAUCAAUGGAAAAGAUAAUGAUUGA